CGAGGGAAAAUCUAGCUAAUAAACUAACUGCUCUUUCUUCUACUGUUCAGGAAGAAGCAAAACUUUUGUGCCAUGGAUUUUUCAUCAAAUUAUGAAAUUUCCCGUACAGCUAAAUUCAUCCGCAGCAGAAACUUCACUAGAGUUGCGUUGCAGUUCCCAGACGAGCUUCUGAAGGAUUCGACGAAGGUCGUGAGUGCCCUGAGAGACGAGCUUCGGUCGCUUAGUGAAUCGGAUGCCGAAGGAAACAGAGAUUACAGAGACGUUGGGUUGUUUGUGAUGGCGGAUACCACUUAUGGCAACUGUUGCGUCGAUGAAGUUGGAGCUUCGCAUGUCGAUGCUGAGUGUGUUGUGCAUUAUGGACAUACUUGCUUGAGCCCAACAUCUACUUUGCCAGCGUUAUUUGUUUUUGGAAAUGCGUCCAUAAAUUCAAAUGAUUGUGCUAAGUCUCUAUCAAACUGUUUAUUGACCAAUGAGAAGCCUAUUGUGGUUUUGUUUGGAUUGGAAUAUGCACAUGCAAUACAUCAUAUCAAAGAAAUAAUGGAAGUUGAAUCGUCUAGAUUGUGUGGUUCCAAAGAGAACAAAGCACUCUGUUAUGCAGAGGUUAUCUGCUCAAUUAUGGAUCCUGAAGAACGUUUCAAAACCCCCGGAAGACAACUUGGGUCUUUUGAUAGCUAUACUGCUAAUGGAGAUUGUGCUAACUCUGGGCAAAUGAACUCCACAGGAUGUGGUAACAAAUAUACCCUUGGAGGCUUGACUUGGAAGCUUCCAGAAGGUCACAAGAUGGAUGAUUACAUGAUAUUUUGGAUUGGUUCUGACAACCCAACAUUUGUAAAUGCCCUACUCAUGUACAAUAAUUGUCAUAUAGUCAGAUACGAUGCAAUGGAGCAGAAGUUGGUGAAUGACUUAUCUCGUCAGAAAAGCAUUCGCAACCGUAGAUUAAAUUACUAUGUCGAGAAAGCAAAGGAUGCAAACAUUGUUGGAAUUUUGGUGGGCACUCUUGGUGUAGCUGGUUAUAUCUAUAUUAUUCAACAAAUGAAAGAACUAAUUGCAGCAGCUGGGAAGAAGGCCUAUACCUUUGUCAUGGGUAGACCAAACCCUGCAAAACUUGCCAACUUCCUUGAGUGCAAUGUUUUCAUUAACGUUGCGUGUCCGCAAACAACUCUUUUGGACAGCAAGGAGUACCAUGCUCCUAUUAUUACACCUUUUGAAGCUUUAUUGGCAUUUAACAGAGGAAGCCACUGGACUGGAGCAUAUGUGAUGGAAUUUGGGGAUUUGGUUGCCUCUUCUUCACUGGAAGUUGGUAAUAAAGAGGAAGAAGCCCGAUUUUCCUUCUUUCAAGGUGGCUAUGUAGAAGAUUUUGAGCUACAAGGAAAGGGAACUGUAGAGGAGGAAAGAUCAUUUGCUCUAGCAGAGGCAGCAGAGAAAGGUCUCCAAGUGUAUGACAAGUAUCCCUAUUCUCUUGGAAAGGGGACAGCUAAAUCUGGGGCAGAGUUUUUUGCUUCCAGAUCUUACCAUGGUCUUGAAAUUGAGAAAGACGAUUCUUCACCUCGUUCAGUUGUCAUUGGUAGAUCUGGAAAGGCAUCUGGGUACAAGGACGAGAAAAGUAAGAAGGAAAAUACAUGAUCAACCAACAGAAAUGCUAAAGGAAAUUUGUCAUUCGUUGAGUAAAAAGCUCAGGAAUUUUUCUCGCUCACCAAUUUUCUAUAGUUCAAAAUAUUUCACUUAACGAGGAAAUUCAUGUAUUACAGGAGUUAUAUUAGUUGGUUGUUUGAUGAUUCAAUCUUUGAAGAUCGAUUGUUGAUUGAUGUAUGAAUUGUAUGGCAAGGUUCUAUUUAACUUCUCAAUCGAUUAGAUUGAUAUGCCUUGUGUUC